GAAAAAAUAAAUAAAAAAGAAAGGAGGGAGAUUAAGGAUUCAGUUACAAAGAUACUUGAUACAUUGUACCAUGACAGAGAUUAUGCCAGAUCCUUUGUGUUGGAAACAAUUGCUCGAGUACCCUAUUUUGCCUUUAUAUCUGUCCUGCACAUGUAUGAGAGUUUUGGUUGGUGGAGAAGAGCGGACUAUCUAAAAGUGCAUUUUGCUGAGAGCUGGAAUAAGAUGCAGCACCUGCUUAUUAUGGAAGAAUUGGAGGGGAAUUCUUGGUGGUUUGACCGCUUUCUUAUUCAACAUAUAGCAAUCUUUUAUCAUAUUAUGACAGUCUACAUGUAUGCAUUAAGCCCAAGAAUGACACUUAAGUACAUUAUCUGGAUUUUUACUUUACAAUGGCCUCUCUCUCUCUCUCUCUCUCUUGCACACACAUGCUUUCUGGAUUCUUCUGGCCCAUCAUCCUGAAUGAUAGAAGGAUGUUUUGUGUACAGUUAAAACCCUUAUAUACACUAACGAGCAUGUAGGGAAAACCUAUUCAUGGACUUAAGUAGUUAUCAAACUAAAGGUGCCAACAAACUUAGUCAGUAGUCUUUUUUGGCAUAGAACCAAUGGCCCGCUGCCCUACCUUCAACCUAUUUUACAGGUUUUAACAAGAAAGAGACCAAAGAGAAUGAAGAGAUGGUUUUACAUAUCCUAACCUCUGCUACGUUCAAACACAUCAAACCUCUACUCUGUUGGUUGCUUUUCUUGUGAAUUCAUUGUAAAGAGAACAUUUUUUGUAUUUUGGAAAUUUCUCAUUUUUUCUUCAUGCUGUGUUGUGGUCAAUUAGCUGUAACUGAAUUACAGAAAGCAUUGUAGAGUAGGUGACUAGAUUGAACCUCGCUUUCAUUCUUCUGCAAUGCUUAUCUUAAUAUAUUUGGUUUCAUGACUACUGCAGAUCACUUUUCUGAAUGUAUAGAGAGCCUCACGUUUGAAACCUAUGACAAAUUUAUCAGGGCCUAAUGCGGGAAGCUGACAUAUUCCUGGUUAUUUGUCUUAGCAUAGCUAGCUUGCAGUUUGUACAUGUUUCAAGUUUGACAAAAAUUCUAGUUGCAAAUGAUCUUGCAUAAGUAAACAUUAUGCCGUGUAACCUCUAAUGCUACAACUCAAUCUAACAUGAAUCAAGGGUACUUUCGACUUGAAACUUCUCAUACCAGAGGAGUUGAAAAAAAAAGCCUGCUCCUGAAGUUGCUAUAAAGUACUAUACUGGAGGUGUACUUGUUUGAUGAUUUUCAAACUGACAGAGCUCCAUGUUCGAGAAGACCUAAAAUAAGUAAAGGACAAUAUUUGUUUCCUUUACCAAAAACACUUAGGUCUUUAUGAAUUUCCUCUUACACUAUUUUUUUUUCCAUUGUUACAAAGGAAGUUAAAUAGAAAUCCAUGCUUUUACUUACUAGAUUUCUCCUCCCCCCCCCCCCCCCUUUUAUGUGGUCUAUAUGUGCUUGAAUGUUGCACAAGUCCACUCGUAGUAAUCAUAAAGACCAUUUUUCUGUUAUGAUACAACUUCAAUCCUGCAGAGGGUAUGACAAGAAACUAUAGGAAUUUUGUGGCUAAAUAGUUGUGGGAUGCAUACUGACAUAAGUGGCUUGAAUUUCAUGUCCUUUCACAGAGAAUUUGUAUGAUGUAUUUGUGAACAUCAGAGAUGAUGAAGCUGAACAUUGUAAGACAAUGAAAGCUUGUCAGACUCAUGCAAACCUUCACUCUCCUCAUUCAUAUCAAGAUGAUGGCUUUGAAGAUAUGCCUGGUUGUAUAAUUCCUGAAGCAAAUUGUAAAGGUAUUGUAGACUGUAUAAAGAUAUCUUUUACAUCUUCUCAAGUAACGCAAAACAGAGACAUUUGAGAGAAAUAGAUGAUGAUCUCGUAUGAAAAUUACACAUGGUGACAGAUGUAUAGACAGAAAGAAAAUUACAUAGCUCCAAUAGAUGCCUUUGAUUUGUAAACGAAGUUUUUGUGUUAAAGCCUUAAUUCAGUUUGAAUAUUUUCCCAUGCUUGAAAGAAAGGUUUCCUGUUGGACGUGAUUGGAGCCUGUGUAGCACAAACAGCGAUAGGUUGAUGGUGAUUUCAUUUCUGGUGGGUAUAACUAAUAGUGGCCUUUUCAGUGUCAAAAUUUUGUUGAGGGAGGGAACAAGGCAACUUUUAUUAAGGGCCAAAAUAUUGGAAUUUGGCUUCUGUUUAAGGAAUGGAGUGAAUGUGGUUGGCUUUGCACCAAUUUGGUUAUUCUGAAAUGGACGAGCAGGUCUUUAGCGGAUGAAGUCAUUCUCUUUUCAGUUCCCAGAAAUAAAUAAUUUACUAGAAUCUAAUGCAUAUGGCAGACUAUGUUCAAACGGGGUUACAUUCGUUGAUGGUUAGAUUGCUCUGAUGAGUGCGUGCCGUGUUCCAACCUCCAACUGGAAAUCUUUAGGCUAGAAUUGCAGUUCCGGCUUGGAGCAAUCAAUUUCACCUUAAAUAAAUCAACUUCACAUAGAGCCUGCCUCGCAAUCCAUCAGAAUUUAGUAGCAACUAGACAUAUAACAUGAUUUUGAAGGGUUAUCUCACAAUCGCUGGGGGAUGCAAUACGCAUCUUUCACAUGACACAAACAUUAGAAUUGUGAUCCUGAGGCGCCGCCACAACUACAAUAAGCUCUUCAUGGUCAUAUUAUCUGGAUUCGGACUUCUCAACUUCAUGGAUGACCAUUGCCGCUAAUGAAGGAACGCGUAGCCAUGGUUAGAAAACUGAGGGUGAAGUAGUUGGACGAUUUACUUAAAAAACCUGAAGUCUGAGGCAGGGAUGGAGUGGCCGAGAUGAAUUUUAGAGCUGAAUCAUUAGUUACUUUAUAGAUAUUUUAGGCAUCAAACCGGAUGUUGAAUUGAUUUCAGGCUUAAUUGAAUGCUUGAUUGGUUGAUCAUUGAAAUUAAAAUUAGAAUUAAUUUUGAGCGUGCAAAUUACAA